GGAUGCGCUUCUACUACAGACGAGCCGACUUCCAAUAGGAAGGGGUCCCCAGCUCCUCUCGUCACAUUACACUUGUGACUGGGGUUUGCAGUUAAGAUCAGUAUGCCGAUGACCUGUGUGGCAUACGGUUGCCAUAACUAUUUUGUCAAAGGAUGUGGGAAACAGUUCUUCAGGUUUCCGCUGAAGGAUCCUGAACGUUUAUCCAAAUGGGUUAUAGCUAUACGACGUAAAAACUGGAAGCCUUCUGCAUCAAGCAGGAUCUGCAGUGAUCAUUUUGCCGAAAAUGACUACAUGCUACGUCCAAAUGUAUUGGUCCCUAGACUACGACUAGAUGCAGUGCCUUCGAUUUUUGAUGGGUUCCCAAGCCACUUAAAAGAGCGACUUGAAAAGAAAAAAACACAGAAAGAGAAGAUAGCUGAAGAAAUUAUUGUAAUUGAUAAUGAGCUUGCAACUGAAGUCGAUGUUGAGGUAUCAUUUGACUCUGAAGAACCAAAGGAUACAUGUCAAAAUUCUGAAAGACAAAAAUUCUCACUACCAGAAGCGAAAGAAGAGGCCGAAGUAUGCCAAGAGCAAAAGGUGAUGAAAAAUGAGCUGGACAAGGUAAAGAUUUGUGCAGUCUAUGGGUGCCAUAAUACCUGUUGUGAAGGAUGCCAGCAGCUAUUUUUUAGGUUUCCAUCAAAUGAUCCUGAACUGUUGUCAAAGUGGCUUGAGGCAAUGCACCGUGAAAAAUCUUUAACAUCCAGUGGUGUUUGUAGUGAUCAUUUUACUGAAAAAGACUACAUCUUAUAUCCAGGAGCAACAGUUUCUAAGCUAGGACCAGAUGCCGUGCCUUCUCGUUUCAUUGAAUUACCUACACAAGUGAAAUCUCACGAUACACAACAGGCAGACCCAAGCAAGAACAGCGUCCCAUCAGAACCAGUGAAAGAUCAAAUACUAAUACCAUCUAAAAUCAUCAAAACUAACCUACAUGUAGUCAGUAACAAGGAGAGUUUAUCAGAGCAAAAGCAGCAGGUAAAACGUGGAUCUUUGGAGAGGAGCCAUGCAGUGAAAUGUGUGGUACAUGGUUGCAAUAGUGUCUUUGUGAAAGGAUGUGGGAAAAGAUUUUUCAGAUUUCCUGUGAAAAGUUCUGAGCGUCUUUCCAAAUGGGUUAAAGCUCUUCAGUGUUCUGACUGGAAACAGUCAGCAUCCAGCAGAAUCUGCAGUGACCAUUUCAAAGAGAAAGAUUACAUUUUUCAACCAGGGACACUGCUACCUCGACUGCGCUCAAGUGCUGUGCCUUCUGUCUUCAAAGCAAGGAAAAGGAGAAGAAAACAGAUAACAGCGACACACCAAAACUUGGAACACUGUAGGUCCAUGGUAGAUGGAUUCCAAGAAACAGAAACACACAGACCUUGUGAUCACACGUAUUCAGCUGUGCACAAUGAAGUAGUCGUCCCUCAUUUCAACCCUGAUACUGUGAAACUUAAAAAGAAAGUGAGGACCUUGCAACGACAGAUUCAGAGACAGAGGCACACAAUAAAAAAGUUAUCUGAAAGAAUCACACAGUUAAGGAACAGUAGAGCUCAGCUUCACCAGACAUGACAUCUGGAGGGUAGUUUUUAUACUACUGGAGCUUUUCUAAACCAUGUACUUUUAAACAGUAAGGAAAGACUGUGUUACAACUCAGACAGCCGUAAUGUAUUUAUUUUCUUAUUGGUAUUAUUGCCGCUAUUUCCAGCCUGACUGCUGGUCUUAUGACCUGAACUUACAGCAUCAUAGGCAUAUAUCAUGCUGUAGGUUCAUUUCAAUAAACCCAUGGCAAGGUCGGUAAUUGCGGCGUAAUGCAGAAUCUAAAAUGUGCCGACAUUACGGCAAUCUGAAUUAGCUUUUACUGUUAAGGACCUUUUACAUGGACCGAUGAACAGGCAGUUAUUGGGAACAAAACUUUAAUGAUAACCCUAGAAGAGAACUGUAUUUCCAUGCCGCAAUCAUACCCUUUGUAUGGUGAAUCAUCUCUGUGAAUAGAAUUCAGAAUCAUUGCCAGCAGCACAUUCCUUUUCACACACAGUGAUGUGCUUCUGGCAAGCAGUCACUUCAUAGGCUGCAUAAAAAUGUGUUCAGCCGACUAAUGAGCUUGUUCGUCAGGUGAUUGGUGACACAAUCUGCUUGUAUGUCGAUGAUCAGCAGAAAAUUUACACUAGGUAAUUCUUCGGAACGAGCAUUUGUAUGAGUGCUCAUUCAUGGUAACAGCCCCAGUCCUUGGGCCAUUAAAAAACUAGUCACAGAAAAAGAUGGUUUUGCCAUUAACUUCUAUUUAAAGGGGUUCUCCAAGAAAGAGAUUUAAAGGGGUUCUUCUGCCAUAUAUAUUGGUGACCUAUCGUUAGGAUAGGUCAUUAAUAUCUUCUCAACAGGGGUCCAACACCCGGCAACCCCGCUGAUCACCGGUUUGAAGAGGAGGUGGCGCUCCAUGCAAGCGCUGCUUCCUGAUCAGUACACCACACAUCAUCUCCCCUGUAGCGGUGGCGUAGUGUAAUGACAAGUACUCACUCCAUUCAAGUGAAUGGAGCUAGUACUUGUCAUUACGUUGCACUUCGAUACAAUGUGCAGUGUAAUCAGGAGGAAGCAGUGCUCGCAUGGAGCGCCGCCUCCUCUUCAAACAGCUGAUCGGCGGGGGUGCAAUGUUUCGGACCCCCCGCCAAUAAGAUGUUAAUGACCUAUCCUGAGGAUAGAAAAAAAAAACACAAUGCAACAGCACUCUGCAAACACAAAUUAUGUAUAAUAAUGCCAUAGUUAUAGAAAAUAUUCUGGUGUUAAUGCCAAACUUAUUUUGACAAUUUGAGAUUCUUGGCAAAUACAUUUUGUACAAAAUUAUUAGGGCCCGUCUGCCGGCAUCAAGGCGAUCUCUAUAUGACAGGAAGCUAACACUAAAUACUACCUGUUAUG